GACACUAUCAAUCGUGCCAAAGGGUCGUUACAUGUGAUAACUAUAUGGUCUAGAUCUUGAUCAGAUCAAUGGAUUAGUUGAAAUUUGUGAUCUCACCUUAUUUUACUAAUUCAACCAAACCUAAAUCCAAUUUUCUAAUCUUCUUUCUCUCUCUUUUUUUCUAUCUUGAGGAAGGAAAUAAACAUACACUGUUACUUAGAACAAAAAUACCAAUAGCAAAAUGGGCACACCUUUCUUUGAAUUCAAAAAACAAGCUUCAUUCUUCCUCAAAGAGAAAAUCAAGACUGCUAGAUUAGCUCUAACAGAUGUCACCCCUGCAGAACUAAUGAUAGAAGAGGCAACUAAUGGAAAUCCAUGGGCACCAACUACUGUAACCCUCAGAUCAAUUUCAAAGGCUGCUUUUGAGCUAGAUGAUUAUAGGAGGAUUAUAGAGAUUCUACAUAAAAGAUUGGCUAAAUUUGAAAAGAAGAAUUGGAGGGCCUCUUACAAUUCCUUGAUUGUGCUUGAGCAUUUGUUGACUCAUGGACCAGAAAGUGUAGCAGAGGAAUUUCAGAGUGACAAAGAUGUUAUUAGCCAGCUGAAAGGUUUCCAAUAUAUUGAUGAGAACGGGUUCAAUUGGGGCCUAACUGUGAGAAAGAAAUCAGAGAGAGUAAUGAAACUGUUGGAAGAAGGAAAUCUUCUAAAGGAAGAAAGAAACCAAUGUAGAAGGUUAUCAAGAGGUAUUCAAGGUUUUGGAAGUUUCACUCAAAGAUCAACUCCAACACAAGCCAUUCUUCGCGAGAAAUCAUUGCCAACCACAUUUGGUAGAUGUAAUUCCGACUCAAACAACUACGAAGAUCAGGAAAAUAAUUCAUCUUUCUCAACCUUGGGUAGCAUGAAAACCACGAUAUACAAAGAUGAUGAUAUUGGCAACAAUCAAUUGCUUCAAAAAUCUGAAUCAAGUUCUAAAGAAAAUAUGGAACCAAGUAGGGAGGUGUGGAACUUGGAUGGAGAAUCAGAAUCACUUUUGGAUUGUGAAGAAGAGGAUUCUUCUAGGCUUGGGAGGUUCAAAAUAGAAGAUGAUCACCCCUUUAAUUCAACAACAGAAAUGAAUAGUACUGCUUCAUUGCUUUCUGCUAGAGAUGGAAUACUACAAGGGUGUUGAAGCAAUUUUGAUUUAUGUUAACAAGUUAUUUUCAAAUAUUGUACAUGAAAUCAUGUAUGAAAAUAGAUAUCGGUAUGUAAACCUCUAUUUAUACAUUGUGUAAGGACUGUCUUACACCUACUUAAGUGAAAACAGAAAUCUAAGUGAAAACUAUGGAAUAGAAUUAAAAGGAUUACUUGUGUCUAA